UUGGGCAGGGAAUUGUUGCUGUUAUGGUGAAUUAUUGAAAUUUGUAGCCUCUGGGUGCUACUUUAAUUCAGGCAGAAUCGGGGCCCCUUUUUUCCAUACCCCCCAUAGGAAAGCACAGUCUAGAACACGGCGGCAUACAGAGACGAGACGAGAGAUCAAGCCCGUUUGUGACCUCCUGACUAUUCCUGUGGCAACAGGUCGUGGUCACCGGGAAGAAUGACGUUUUAAUCUGAACGAGGAGGAAGGGAAAAGAUGGGCCGCUGGGAGCAGCUGCUUAAAAAGAGCAAUCAAAACCCACCCCUGUGUCUUUGUCCUUUCGGGAGCAAUUCUGCCACAGAAGGUCUGACCGUCAAACCCACAUUCUCCGUGUGGUGGAAGCCACAUUAAGCACCUACAGCCGCUAAGGGUAACGCUACACUGGAAACAGUAACCGAUUGACCUGGAAAAUCUGGCACAUGAAUAAAGGCUCCAGCUACCAACAAAACAGGCCCCAUCCGCUGCCCAGGGUUCUGGCGACGGUGAUGAGCAAUGGGGUAUGAUGUAGCCCGCUUUCAGGGGGAUGUGGACGAAGACCUUAUAUGCCCCAUCUGCAGCGGAGUCCUGGAGGAGCCGGUGCAGGCCCCUCACUGUGAACACGCCUUCUGCAAUGCCUGCAUCACCCAGUGGUUCUCCCAGCAGCAGACCUGCCCCGUGGACCGCAGCGUAGUCACUGUGGCCCACCUCCGCCCCGUGCCCCGGAUCAUGCGGAACAUGCUCUCCAAGCUGCAGAUCACCUGCGACAACGCGGUUUUCGGCUGCACGGCGGUCGUGCGACUCGACAACCUGAUGUCUCACCUCAAUGACUGUGAGCAUAAUCCAAAGCGGCCGGUGACGUGCGAGCAAGGAUGCGGCUUGGAAAUGCCCAAAGACGAGCUGCCAACUCACAACUGCAUCAAGCACUUAAGGUCGGUGGUGCAGCAGCAGCAGACGAGAAUUGCUGAGCUGGAGAAGACUUCAGCGGAGCACAAGCAUCAGCUAGCCGAGCAGAAACGGGACAUCCAGCUGCUGAAGGCCUACAUGCGAGCCAUCCGCAGCGUCAACCCCAACCUGCAGAACCUGGAAGAGACCAUUGAAUACAACGAAAUCCUAGAGUGGGUGAACUCCUUGCAGCCUGCCCGGGUGACGCGAUGGGGCGGGAUGAUCUCCACACCGGACGCCGUCCUCCAGGCGGUCAUCAAGCGCUCACUGAUGGAAAGCGGGUGCCCCACGUCCAUCAUCAACGAGCUGAUCGAGAACGCCCAUGAGCGGAACUGGCCGCAGGGCCUGGCCACCCUGGAAACCCGCCAGAUGAACCGGCGCUAUUAUGAGAACUACGUGGCCAAGCGCAUCCCCGGCAAGCAGGCCGUGGUGGUGAUGGCCUGCGAGAACCAGCACAUGGGGGAGGACAUGGUGCUCGAGCCGGGACUGGUGAUGAUAUUUGCACACGGAGUGGAGGAGAUCUAAAGACUUUUAAAGAGAGAGAAACAUUUUGUGCUUGAAAAAAAAAUAACUAACUUGUCUAAAACCGCUGACAUCUUCCCCCCCCGCCCCCGUCAGUCACAGCAUUAUAUCAGGGCAUUAUUCCUCCAAGCGUGUGGCUCGUAAUUUAAAGAGUGAUUAAAGGCCUCUGGCAAACACUCCCUUGUAGCGCUGGGCAGUCGCCCAGCAUCAUAUGCAAAAUGCGGUUUGCCUCUUGCAGCAGAUCCGCCUCCCAGUCCGGUGUCCGUGUGGCUUCUAACUGGCUUUGAAAAGCACACAGCCCCUUGAAACCGCUGUGGGCUUUGGAGCGGGCCUGACUGCCGACACCUCUGCCAUUGUCCUGACCUCUUGGCGCAGUCCAAACCAAAGGGGCCAGCGGAUCUCGGCAUGGUGCUGCCCUGGGGUGACCCGACCACACGGUGUUCACGUCUGCGCCGAAGCUUUAUUCUCCCCACUCCCGGUUUCUUUCCUCCCUCUGAGGCACCUGUGUGAAAGCCACAGCUCUCCAGCCGGGCUCACACGCCUGCAGGCUGCAAAGCGGGACCACAAAGGCAGGUCUCGCUUUGCAGCCUUUGGUGGGAGGUGGGACCCUGCUCAGACAUGCCUACGGUUUGGCCGGGGGGCUAAGCUGCAGACACGAGCGAUGCCAAAUAACCGCUCCCCACAAACGAGGCGUGAUUUCACCAUAACGGCGUUUUGCAGCCAAACAGCUGAGCUGUGGCGCAACCACGCUCUGGAACUUGACCGUGUGGCCUUGUGCUGCUCUGGGGAGAAACCAGACUUCAAGGGGGAAUUCGAAGUGGAACUAAAGUCUCAUUGGACGGCCCUUUCGCCUCCUUCCUUUCUCCCUCCCGCUUGGAGCCGACCGGACGCUCUGGUGGCUCGGACACCCGAGGGAGGCAACGGACUCCAGGAGCCUGUAAUGUGGACAGCCUCUCUGCCUGCCAGUCUUGCCCGGAACCUAGAUUCAGCUGUCCUGUCUGUGUGUGCGUUGAACGGUCAACAAAGAGCUUUAUGUCUUUUUUUCAGACACUUGUGAUUGUGGUUUGUUUUUUUUGUACCUUUUUUUUGCCUUGUUUGUUUGUAUUUUCCCUUUAUUUUAUUUUUUAAAUACAGUGGCCAGAAAUGCUGCCAGGCCCAAUUAAGUUUACUUGUUGGGAAUUUAAUUUAUUUGCAUUUGUGGGAUUUUUUUGGGGGGAGGGUGUGGAUUUUUGGUUUUGUUCCUUUCUUUCGGUCUUUGUCUUACCUGGAGACUUUGUUUCCUCCUUAGCUGGUGGUUUUGUGCCCAGGGUGGCUGCGUGUGGGACAGGGAGUGAAUUGUCAAUAAAUAAGAGGUUCUGAUUGCUCUAAUCCAGACCUUGACACGACCAUCCUUUGGGAGACUGCUUGCAUCUCUUUGGCCCUCUGAAUAGCUUGAGCCCUCCCCAGCUGCUAGCCGGAAGCUGCAAAUAGGGUGACGUAAGAGUUUGAAUUCCCAGUUAACUGCCCCACAGCCAAGCAGCUCCCCUGGGUUCCCACUCAGUCGGGCGAUAGCGGAGCUGCCUUCGCCCAUGGAAAGGAGUCUGAUCUCCCUACGACACCCACCCCUCUGCCCCAGCUGGCAGAGCAGCCCUGCAAAAGGGAGGGUUCUUGGAGCCCAUCUUCGGGGCAGCAGCUGUCCAGUGGGUGAUGACCCCGCGGACCAUCUCCAUUGCUAGGCUCUGUAAGAACUACAUUUCCCAUCACGCCUCACACUGAUUGGCCUAGUUCUGCCCCGCCGUAUGACACUAGCGAGAGCUUCUUCCAGGAGCUGAAUCCGCUUGCGUCGGCCCAGACUGCAGACGGAGCUAAACGUGCUUCCUGGCGCUCUAAGCAGAGGAGGACGCCCCUCGCCCAGCUGCCUGUCUCAAAGGGUCUGUCCCCUUUUCUUCGGGUCCCGGAGCUCCACCACGGGCAGGGCUCCCAGGGAGAUGCUGCCUGAGAACUAUCGCUCGAGCCCCGGCGGUGGGUUUUUGUUCCCAAUUUCCCGCCACUCUUCGGUGGACAUCCAGGGAAACCUUUGCGUCCUGCUUCAGAGGCUCUGUAAACUGCCACAGGAUUUCAGUUUGGCAUUCACCUUUACCGCCCGGCCCGCCUGGGUGGAGCUUUUAGGGUCCUUCUCUUCCUGCAUUUUUUUUCUCUUUCAACUGGCGAAUUUGCUCGUGGUUGGUUUGUUUUAAUGCAGCAUUGAGGAAAUCCAGCCAGUUCUCUGUUUCAGGACCUGGUUGGCUUUCCCCUCUUUGUUGGGUAACGUCAGAGUUUUCCGUGUGUCUCGUAUCCUACGUUACAAGCGCCUGGCGCGUUCUUCAGAAGUCAGAUCAGUUUGAGGUAUGGAGCGGGUUGUAUUUGAAUUCAUGUCUCGAUGAUGAGGUGUGUGGAAGGGGAAUUAUUGGGUGGGAGCUCUGUCCAACCCAGACCCUUAUGCUCAGGAAUUAGAAAAAGCUGCUAAAUCCAACCUGGUAACUGCAUCUGUCUAGCUGGACUUUUUUUAAAAACUGAUUCCCCCUCCUCCACUGGGCCUUUGCUUCCAGAGAUGGCUUCCGUCUCCUUUCCACUGGAGGAACCGGGCGCUCGGAAAUCAGACUAGACUUGCAAUGGUGUCUUUGCUGGUCCAUAAAAGUUGCUGGUUGUGUCUUGUGUGCGCUGUUUCAUUGUGUCGACUGCACUAAUAAACUGCCUUUUCUUGA